CAGCGGGGAGCAACAAUAAAGAGCAACACUUUUUUUGUAGUGCAUUGGCAAAUGCCAAACGGUAAGGAAGCAAUCUCUAACUUAAUACGGAAAACUUGUAAACGGUGCAACGAGAGAAAUGGAAAAAUUGAAAGGCAACCAGCAGCAGAAGAAGGUCGAGACAGGCAAUGGCAAUGGUAAUGGCAACAGUCAGCGCAAUGGCAAUCGAGUUGCCCCGAGUCCCAGUCCAAGUCCAACGGGCAGACCCAAUCCGAAUCCCUUCAAGCGGCCGAUGAAUGCGUUGCAAAAGCAAUGGUAUCGAGUGCUUCUCGCUCGACGUGUGGGCUUUGGGCAGCGGCCGCCGCAGGACGAGAAGGAGCUAACCUAUGCUGACAUAUGCCAUCGACGCUAUGUGGCCGCAUUCCGACGCUACAACGAACGUUUCCGCUGGGAAAUGGCAAUGCAUGAACAGAUGCAACGCUGCGCCAUCGACGCCAUGCGUGUGCACAGAACUUUUGCCAUUACCACGCUCUGGCUGCCGUUGCACUCGAAGCGGGAAAUCAACUCGACGCUGGAGACCCUCGAGAAGGUGCUGACGGUGAAGGAAAGGCGACGCCUCGAGGAGAUACUCAAACGAGGUGAAUCUCUGCGAACGCGACGAUGA